AUGGUCGUACUAACCCAGACACAGACCGCCCUAUUCAACUUCCAGUCGCUCCUCCUCGUCAUUCUCCUUCUCAUUUGCACAUGCGCAUACGCGCACCAGCUCAUGCCCGCCAUCAUGGACCGGAACAAGGACGGUAUCAUGGGCAUAUUUUGGAAAUUCGCAAGAGUCUCCAUGCUCAUCAACUAA